AAAAAUCAGCACUUAAACAAAAAUUAUAUCUUAUUUUACUCUUUCUUUCAAUUAUUAGUUUACCAUAUUAUUGUAUUUCUAUUAUUUUGUAUUGCAGAUGUCCUGUGUUUCAACUUCUUCAGAGGUUAAAUUGAUGUUUAUGGGCUAAUCUGGAAAUCUAAAAACCAUUUGCCUCAUUACUCCAUAAGAGCAUAUGUUCAAAUUCCCAUCGGCUGACUUAUAACAGGGCUUUUGGAACAGAACUCAGUGUAAGUCACAGAUGUACUGAGUUUUCCUUUUUGUUAUUCACUUCCUUUUCAGGUGGGGGCACAUAUCUGUUUACAUGUGAGCAGGUGUGUGUGUAUUGUAUAUACAUAUGUGGCUACACAUACAUACACAUACAUAUUUUUACAGCUCUGGGCUCAUAACAUCAUUUAUUCUUUCCUUCUUCCUUUCUCCCAUUUUCCCUCCUUUCUUCCCCCCCUUAACUCCUUCCAUGGAUAUUUCAGUGACUACUAUGUGUGUGAAACAUUCAAUUCUGAGCCUAAGGAAUUUCCAGAGACAAGGUCACUGGCCUCACACAGCUUGUACUCUAGCAGGGAGACAGACAUAAAUUAAACAAUUGCUCAAAUACACGUGAAGUGCACACCCUGAUAAGUGCUCUGAAGCGAGGUCACACAGCAGUAUUCAAACACGUAACUGGGACCUCCAGGUCAGAACAGGUUUCUUGGAGGGAGUGAUUCUCCAGCCAAAAUAUAAGAUGGGGCAGAAGUUAAAAGGACUAAGGGGGUAAGAGGGGAUGGAAGGAAGGGAGAAGGGAGGGUAUAAGGUACUCCAGACAGAGCGAACGGCAUGUGCAAAGACCAUAUUUACUCAGUAAGGUACUUUUUGGUGACUUUUUUCAUGAGCAGCCACUGGAUAGCUGGGAAGGCUUUUAGCUUAAACCAUACCAUGAAAGUUAAUUGUAAUUGUACUAGAAAGCAAUAAGGCACAUAUAAUUUCACAAACAGUUUUACCAUUUUUGUUUUUCAGGUAUGAAGUCCCCCUUUAGCCCUGACAACCACCUCAAAGAUGGAAUUGUGAAUAUGGCAAAUUUUCUAUGGGGCUUUGAAGAAAAUAGGAUAAAGAACGACAGUUCUGAGGACCGGCUGAGUCAAGAGAAGAAGAAAAUUCUUUUCUCCUUCUGUGAGGUGUGUAAUAUCCAGCUGAACUCUGCAGCCCAGGCCCAGGUCCACUACAACGGCAAGUCCCACCGCAAGCGAGUAAAGCAGCUGAGUGAUGGGCAGCCCCCACCCCCAGUUCAGGGCUCGGAGCCACCGCUGGCCAGCCCCAGCACCAACACCAGCACAGGCAGUACAUGCCACACUACUACCCUUCCUGCUCUUGUGCGCACACCUACCUUGAUGAUGCAGCCUUCGCUGGAUAUCAAACCAUUUAUGUCUUUCCCAGUGGACAGUAGUUCAGCUGUUGGGCUCUUUCCAAAUUUUAACACAAAAAGAAGAGGCUUAUUUGGGACCAAUAAAUUCUGCCAGAUGGAUCCUGUGCAAAAAGCAGUCAUAAACCACACAUUUGGAGUGUCCAUUCCCCCAAAGAAGAAACAAGUUAUUUCUUGUAAUGUCUGUCAGCUCCGCUUUAACUCAGAUAGCCAGGCCGAGGCCCACUACAAAGGAAGUAAACAUGCCAAGAAGGUCAAAGCACUAGAGGCAACGAAAAAUAAACCCAAAAUGGUUUCUUCCAAGGACAGCGCAAAGGCUAAUCCCAGCUGCUCCAUCACUCCAAUCACAGGCAACAUCUCUGACAAAUCAGAAGAUAAAGGGAAGUUAAAAGCCAACAGUUCCAGUCAACUGUCAAGCUCUGAAGGUGGCUCCUUUCUCCUUAAAUCUGGCACAAUAUCCCUGCCACCUGGAGCAGCUACUUCUCCCUCGAAGAGCACAAAUGGAGCUCCCGGUACUCUUUCUGAAUCAGAAGAAGAAAAAGCCAAAAAAUUACUCUAUUGUUCACUAUGCAAAGUGGCCGUGAACUCCCUGUCACAGCUAGAGGCACACAACACAGGCUCUAAACACAAGACAAUGGUUGAAGCUCGUAAUGGAGCUGGUCCAAUUAAGUCCUACCCUAGACCUGGAUCAAGAUUAAAGAUGCAAAAUGGCAGUAAGGGGUCAGGACUACAAAACAAGACAUUUCAUUGUGAAAUCUGUGAUGUUCAUGUUAAUUCAGAAAUUCAGCUCAAACAGCACAUUUCUAGCCGGAGACAUAAGGAUCGAGUUGCAGGGAAACCACUGAAACCGAAAUACAGCCCUUACAACAAACUCCAGAGGAGCCCAAGUAUUUUAGCAGCGAAACUUGCAUUCCAGAAGGAUAUGAUGAAGCCUUUGGCCCCAGCCUUCCUGUCCUCGCCCCUGGCGGCAGCGGCCGCUGUGUCCUCUGCACUGUCGUUACCGCCGCGGCCGUCUGCCUCGCUCUUCCAGGCUCCAGCCAUACCUCCGGCUCUCCUGAGGCCGGGCCACGGGCCCAUCAGGGCCACUCCUGCCUCCAUCCUCUUCGCUCCAUACUAA